AUGUCGCAAAUGACAGCUCAACUAUCGUCUAUAAGUAUGCAACUACAAAAUCAACAAGCAACUUUAAUGCAAAUCAAUGAUAAUGUGUCUAGUCUCAGCAGCCAGGUCAGUGAACUGCAAAAGGAGAACAGAGAGAAAGACAAACGUAUGUAUGAAAUGGAAACAAAAAUAAGUAAACUUGAACAGAAAGUAUUAGAGAAAAACAUUGAAAUUAACAACUUAAACAACAACAACAUAAACGCAGUUGAAACAGUAGAGAAAAUAGCAGCAAAGCUGAAUGUACAAAUGACUGAGAACGACAUCGAUAACGCAUACCUCACGAAAGGGAAAACAAAGCUUAUUGUUGAGUUCAGCUCUCUUCGUAAGAAGAGAGAAAUAAUGGACAAAAUUGAAAGGCAUAGAAUCGAAGCAACUGAUGUCAACAAUGACGAUGGAACGGGCAAACAUAAGUACAUUUAUAUAAAUGAUCAGUUGACUGCAAGCAAAAGACAUUUGUUGUGGAUGGCAAAAAACAAAGCCAGCGAUGCCAAUUGGAAGUUUGUAUGGGUGAAGCAUGGGGAAAUUUAUGCACGAAAAAUUGAGAAAUCUCCCGUAGUCAACAUAAACUGUGAAAGUGAUUUACAAAUGAUAUGCUAA